AAAGUCCAUGUGAACAGUGAGGUCAGAUCGUCAUAUGGUUUGGGCAAUUCACUCUGUGUAUGGAUCCGGUAUGAACUAUAUGUUGUAAAUAGAGGGUCAUUGUACGGAAUCACUCACAGGCUGUACACAUCCUCUUACCCCCGGUUCCCUUAAUAGAAAAACAUGUAAACAAGCUCAUUUGUUGAUACAUCGCUUAAACUGGGUUUACUGUAAAGCGACACCACCUUACAUAUGCCCACUCAGCUUACAUGUCGAGUUCACUAUGAACCAACACGCGACGAUCAGCGCACAUGAAGGCUGGCGCAUUGCAUAACAUGUUUCUGAACAGUAUAGCUAUGGUGGCUACAUGGGUCUUCUGCCAUUCUCGGGAGUAUCUAUCUGCGGAAAGAACCACAGACGUCAUCACAGGUUGGACAUGUCCCACGCCAUUAUCCUGCAGAAGAAUCAUGUGUUUCUGAAGGAGGAACUUCAGGUCGACCAUGUGCUGAGUGCCUUGUAUCAGAAAUGCAUCUUCACAUGGGAGGACUAUGAAAGGUGUCAACACUCUGGACGAGAGAAAUGCCAGGUGUUCCUUGAAACUCUGAGGAAAAAAGGAGUCGAAGGGUACAAGGCAUUGUGUGCUGCCCUUGAGAAGUCACAGCCAUUUAUCAAGGAACGACUUGAUGCUACUUCAACUGAAGAAGGUCACUCAGAUCUUAUCUAUGUGAACAAGGACAAGCUUGAGGCUCAGCACAAAAGGGAACUUGCUGAAAAAGAUACAAAAAUAGCAGCACUCCAUACUGAAAUAGAAGGACUUCAGGAACAAUUUAAGGAGAAAGACAAGGCCAACGCAGACCUGAACGGAACAAUUGAAAAGGAAAGAGCUGAACACAUAUCGCAGAUUGAAAAGAAGAAUGUGGAAGUUGAAGCUCUGAAAAUAGAAUUAUCCAAGGCCGAUGCUUAUAUACAACAAACUGAAGCAGACUGUGAGAAAGUGAAAAAGAAACUACAAGAAGAACAGGAGGCAUACGAUGCUCUAGUGGGUGUUCCAAGGUCACAGUCUCCACACUGGGUGGACAAUACAGAGCAAGUUCAACAUGGAGGUACAGUGGGUGGAGGUUCUGAGGAGAGAGUGUGCCAAUUUUCAACUCAGUCCUGUUGUGAUGAGAGUCAGCUUCGUCUUCUUCCAUGCCUUCAUUCUGCCUGCAAGCCAUGCCUUGAUCACCAAGCUACACAGGCGGAAGAGAACUGCAUACACUGUCCUUCCUGUGGUCGUGACUUCACCAUGGAGCAGACAACAGUAGAUCAUGUCAGACGGAAUGAAGCCGCCUAUAAACUCAACGCUGAUGGUGAGAUGAAAUGCAACUACAUCGAAGGGGAUCAUGAUGCUAAGGCUGUAGUGUACUGUCACGAAUGUGAUGACAAGCUCUGUUCCGACUGUCAUAAACACCACGACACGCCAAAACGGAAUCGAAAUCACAGAGUGAGUGAGAUUGACGAGUCAACGAAUAUCCCUAUGAAUCAGUGGUUGAAGGAGGCUAGUUGCAGAGACCACCCUGACAACAAACUGCAGCUGUAUGACCACACGUGUAAGAAGGCAAUAUGUCGUGUAUGUGAACUUGGGGCCCACAACAAGCACAAGAAUGAAGACUUGAAUCAGGCCUAUGACGUAGCGAAGGGUAAGCUGGAGGAGCAUGUAAAGAAGCAGCAUCAUAAACUGAAAGACGUCGCCAGCAGCAUGAAAAUUGUCACAAGUCACCAAACUGAACUGGGAACAACACAGAGAAGACUGGAACAAGCUGCAACUAACGUCUUCAAAAGUGUUGCUGCAAAAUUCCUUCAUCGACAGAGACAACUCAUGGAGGAAAUUCAAGAGAGUCUACAAUCCCCAUACAAACUGGUUGAAGAGAAACUGGACAUUUUACAUGACGUCCAUACUUCAAUAGUAUCAGCGAUAGACUACACACAGAGAACUUUUGAAUCUACAAGACGAGAGGAGCUCAUUACUCUCACAGAUGUACUGAUGACAAAAUGUGAUGAAAAUUUGAAGAUGAAGCUCCCGGAAGAUGCCAGACAAGAUACGAAUAUCCUUCUUACCUUUCAAGGUCAGAAAGCUCUCACGGAACUCAUCGAUACAUUUGGUGGACUUGUCUCCAGUCUAAACGUGGAUGACAUACCAGAUAAACAAGCUACCAUACAGGAUCUCCAAAAAUGGAAUAUGCAAUUGACCGUAAAAGAGGAAGACACCAGGAAGGUACAUGAAGGGCGGUGGCAUCAGCUCGGGGAGAUCAUUCAUCACAUCACAGCAGGAACCGUCCCCCUGAUAUCUGGAUCACAAAGACUCCGACCUGAACUGCUGGCGUCACAUGAAGUCGCAUCUGAACAGCUGGCGUCACAGGAAGUCGCAUCUGAACAGCUGGCGUCACAUGAAGUCGCACCUGAACCGCUGACAUCACAGGACGUUUUUGAAGCUGCUAAACAUUUCAUAAUCGGAGCAAUCAUCCCUUCAGAGUCACCUGAGCGUGGUCUAUACCUGAAAGGGUAUUCAGGCACGAUGCACAUCAUCAGCGGGAAAAGUGGUUCUAGAGUCAUUACCUGUCCUAAACUCCAACUGGACGCUGGUCGAGCCAACACAGACAGGUGCCAUGUUACUACAGACGGUGAUCUAGUCAACUCGCGGCCAGCCACACAAAACACGGACAGUGGCAGGCUACAGAGAUUGUUCGGCACGUGUAGCUCCACCCCCAUCCCCCUUCCUCCACCCCCUUCUAGUGUCACCCCUGUCCUCCACACAACACGAUACUGGGAGACCCACACCAGGGUGGGUGAGGUGGGUGGAGUGAUGGGUUUUGUCCUGGAGGUAGGUGUGGGGGAGGAGAGCCAGGUAGACAGUGGGUGGUAUGUUUGUCUACAGCGCCGCUCCUGGUGUGUCAGUGUAGAGAGCUGUGCCACACACCGGGGGAGUGUCUGUACCAGGGUGAAUCUGGCGGGGGAGAUGGGGAAGUGUUACAGAAACACAAUGUCUGACACAAUCGGCACACAGGCCACCCUCCACUAUGGCGUUGUGUUGGAUGUCGGGAGGGGUAGAAUAGGAUUUAUUGACGUAGACAGGUCGGUUGUUUUAGGGAAAGUUGAUGUGAAGUUCAAGGAGGAUCUUCUCCCUGUGUUUGCUGUCGAUCCGAUGGGUCGCUACACAAUAAAUAUGAAGGUGGUCAGUGGGGAGGAGAUCCUCAUGUCUGACAUCAAGAAAUCACUCAUUAAUGAAGUCCUGGCCUAGGAAAUAAACUACACAUGACCCAGUGUAAACUUGUAAAUAUCACACAUCUAUUUUAUCAGACAAAUUUAAUACAACAGAACUGAAAGAAGCGGACAUAGAAGUUACCUGUUCAUGUGUUGUAUGUUGUGUACAACAAUGUGACAAGGUUAGCUAAAUGUGUCGGUUUUCUACAUCACAGUUUUCAUUUGUGUACUAGAAGCAUUUUACAUCCACACAUGAGUAUUGUUAUUAUUAUUAUUAUGUAAUAACUGAUCAGUUUAUGAAACAUUUCAUACAUUUCUGGGACAUGUCACAACUAAAAACUGAGUUGAUGAUUGAGUAAAAAUUGUUUCAAAUCACGAAUAUCUUGACAUAUUUUGUUUCUACUCUGUGAAAUAAAAUAGUUUAAAUACCCAUAUGUAGAGGCUAGAGAUUGAAAUAUAAUAUUUGUAGCUGUAAAAUAGACAUGUCAAUGUCAGUUCAGUUAGACAAUGAAAGUGAUUAAAGCGGACAUAUAAUGUCCCAGUUUAAAUGUGCCAUGGUACUUGUGUCAGGAGAGAAAUGUAGACGAAACUGCCUGUUUCUUUAUUCUAAUCAGUCCUGUUGUGUUUGGAAAUAACUUCAAUUCCCCACAGGCGUUUUGCUUUGUGUUUUUUCUUGGUCAAUGUAUCCACACAAAUAAUGUCUAAUGUACAAUCCUGCCAUGCCACUGAGUUGAUUGCAACAUGGACCCCGAUGUACAUUUACAUGUGUGUAUAAAAUUGAAAACUGAAAGUUGUGUGUGACUUACUGUCGUGAAACACUGGGUCUACCUCUGACAAUGGGGUGUGUAGAGAUGGAUGCCACUCUUAGAGUUCCACACCAAUUUUAGAAUACCAGGCUUUAUUUUUGGUCAGUAUGACCUGAGUUGAUAACCAAUACCUGUAGUCCAACCCUGUUGUGUUUGACUCACAUCUGUCUACUCCCCCAGUAAAUUACAAAGGUUUAACUAGGGGAUAAAUUAUCACCAGAAUCCCGCUUAGAGAACUGUUUGUAUUCAACUACUUUGCGAUGUCAAGUCGACUGGUUGACUUAUCUGAUAAAUGCAUGCAUUGACUUUCUAUGUUUCUUAUUGUAUGUAUAUGAUAACAUGUCUGAUGUUCAUUGUGUUAGAUAUGCCAGGUGUCAGCUGAUGUUAUUAUUCGCAUUGGAAUCAAUACUGGCAUCAAUCCUGUCAGGUUUUGCUGUUUACCGUGCACAGAAAACUGCCCACCUGAACAAUUCAGGUUUAAAUUUGCUUUAUCGAUUAGGUUUUGGUGUUGCCUGAAUUAUGUAAACUAGGUGAUUCAAAUAGAUUUUAUUUAAAUUCACUGAGAAGCUAGAUAAUACUGUUCUUUGUAGGACAGUAGUGAUCUUUAGAUUCUUUUUAAUGUGGGUAUAUCUAUCAAAACAUCUAGGCGGACCUGGGAGAAAUAUAUUCUUUUUGCCGCAUCGAUUUAGUUUUGGUGUUGCCUGCCUUUAGUUUUAUGCCAACAGUAGGUGACCCGGAAGUAAAACUGUUGAGAGGUUCAGUAACAGUUCUUUCUGGGACUACGUAGGAUCUAUAUAUUUCAUUUGAUUGUCAUUUAUAUAUCUAAGCAAAAUCUAAACUUACCUGAUACAAAAUAUAAUGUAUUAAACAAAGAUUUCCAAUAUAGAGGGCUGCUAACUAAGUUUAGGGGUGGCAGUAGUAAUCGAGGUAUAUAGUUAGUUCCCUGCAGUUUUACCACUUACACUGAUGAAGUUAUUCUAUGCAAUCACAAUGACGCUAUUGCAAAUGACGUUCAUGUCGUGUAUCAUAAAAUGUGAAUGAAUUAAUGACACUUUAAACAUGGCCAUUAAUGUUCACUUAAGACGUUUCCGCAUAUCUCCAGAUGUUAAUGUAAUUGCAAAUUGUAACCUGUUCUGUAACGUGUAUUUUCUUCCUGUAUGUUACUGUAACUGCCACUUCCUUUUCCUAUGCAAGCUGCAAACAAACAGACUUUGUACGAUGGGUCUUGAGGCCUGGAUACAAAAUAAAAGAUCAUCUGUCUGUC